UUUAGCUUGUCUAUGUGACCAGUAUAUUAACGAUAGGAAAACAGGGUAUAUAUAAAGCCGAAAAGUGCUCCUUCGGAACAUUCUUCUACUACACUUCGUAUAACAGUUAGCGUCUAAAUUAUCUUUCAAUUACAAUGUGGAAGGUGAUACUAUUAUGCGUUUUCGUUGGUAUAACGGCCGGCAAGUUAGUCAGCUACGAGAACUAUAAGUUGUUUCGUGUUAUACCGGAAACAGAUGAGCAAUUAAAAUUGUUGGAAUUCUAUUAUCGACGUUCCACAUCAACUUCGUUCGACCUAUGGAAUAUGCCAAUCAGAAUUGGUGGGCAGAUAUAUAUUAUGGUAUCUCCGGACGAAACGAAGUGGUUUAAAAUAAUAAUGGGCUCACUUGACAUCGAGUUAAAAGAAGACAAUGUUCAAAGAUUAAUUAACUUGACAAUGGAAGAAGGCCAGUCAAGUUCUUUCGACUUUACAAGUUAUCAUACCCUCGAGGAAAUCUACAAAAACUUGGACUACUUGGCUGAGAGGUAUCCUGAGAAUGUGAAGAUCAUAGCGGGCGGCUCGACAUAUGAAGGACGGCAAAUUAAGGGCGUGAAGAUAUCCUUCGAGCCGAACAACCCCGGCGUGUUCCUCGAAGGUGGCAUUAAUGCCAGGGAAUGGAUGUCGCCGGCCGUCGUUAUGUAUAUUACACAUCAAUUACUAAGUAGCAACGAUUUUCAAAUCAGAAAUAUGGCUGAAAGCUACGACUGGUAUAUCUUUCCCGUGUUCAAUCCGGAUGGAUAUGUGUACACGCACACCACAGAUCGAAUGUGGACAAAGACUCGUAAGCCGUACAAUAAUACCAUUGGUAGUAAUCCCAACAAGAACUGGGGUUACAUGUGGGACGGUCAUCUGUUUUUUGCCAAAUGCAACAUGUUUGCCGGACCUAAACCAUUCUCUGAAAUUGAAACGAAGAGCAUGUCCGAAUACAUCGAAUCUAUCAAGGAUAAAUUCUUUGCAUAUUUUUCAUUCCACUCCCAAUCAAAUGACAUAACGUAUCCUCCCGACUUCACGAAUAACACUGAGCAGUACGAUUCAGAUAUGAGGAGAAUCGCCUUAUCGUUUAGUAUAUCUGAAUAUAGUUAUGAAUUCAACAAUGUCUUCAAAACAAGCGAUUUAGAUGAUGGAAGUUCCAUAACUUAUAUCAAGGGAACGUAUAACAAACCUCUUGUUUUUGCUUAUGGAUUACAAGAUAGACGUUAUAAGGAUGGUUUCUUGCAACCGCCCAGGCGAAUCGUUUGGUAUGGACAGGAGGCUGUUUGUCGUCUAAAAAACAUGUUAGAGCGGGCAAAAUUUUAUUUAAACAAAUAAUUUGUUAUUUUAUAACAAAUAUUACUAAAAUAAUACUACUUUCUUUUACUCGAUAUGUCGCGCGUGUGACAUCUUGGUUCGAAGAUGCACAAUAAUGCACUUUGUAUCCAGGAAAAAUAACAAAUUUGUGUUUUCAAUGUCUAGGAGAUAAAAAAGAAAAAAAAUAAAAUAUAUCUCUAAAUAUGUAAUCGAAAA